AUGGAUGACCGGGACGAUGGCACCAUUCCCUUACUGGAUGGAGAAGCAGGACAGACGGUGAACCUGAAUACAUCCACAGACUGGCCAGGACUGUGGAACGCGAGUGAAGGGAACCCGUUCCCAGUUGAAGGUUGGAAACCCCUGACUGACCCGUUGUUGGCAGGAGAGAAGCCUGCUGCUGAAAGUGGUGAAGAAGAGGAAAAAAAGAUUCAGCUGAGCCCGUGCGUUGCCCCAGGGAAUUGCUUGCCUCCACAAGGCAUCAGUGUCCUUGAGAAACUCAUCAAGACCUUUCCAGCUUGGUUUCACCUGAGCCUCAGUCAGGAGACAGCAGCUGAAAUACUUCGCAAAGAACCAGCGGGGAUAUUCAUGGUGAGGAAAGAAGAGAAAAUGGAAAACCUGUUCCUCUCAGUUCAUAAUCCAAGUCAUACGGAGGCUUCUGAGGUCUUGGAGUACACUAUUAAAAAAGAAAAAUCAUUGCUGUACUUGGAAGGGUCUCUGCUUGUGUUUGAAGAUAUCUUCAGACUGGUUGCAUUCUACUGUGUCAGUAGAGAUUUGCUUCCCUUCACACUAAGACUGCCACAAGCAAUAUUGGAAGCCAGGAGUGUUACAGACCUAGAAAUCAUCUCUAGCCUGGGGAUAGGAUUCUGGGAUUCUUCGUUAAACCAAAAGCGACGAGAGAGGCUUCCCCAUUCUGCGGAAGGCCCUGCUUUCACCACAGCCCAGGUCAAAAAAGUAAAAAACUCUACCCAGUGUUUUGCAAGCGGCACAAGCAACUGUUCAUGUGAAACUGAGCUGUCAGUAGGAAAUGACAGGCUGUGGUUUGUGAAUCCUAUUUUUGUAGAAGAGAGAAGCGGACAGUUUCCCCCAAAUGCUCCUCCUCCUCCUCCUCCUCCUCACAACUGCAGGAAGACUUCUUCUUUUAUUGGGGAUACUGUGAAAAUACCUCCAAAGACAUCUCCAAGCCGCCGCCCCCCUCCUCCGCCCCCACCACUUCUACAUACUCUGAAGCAAUCUAAGAAAUUUUCCAUGACCACCUCUGAAGACAACCACACUCAAGCCCUGGAGAAGAACAAAAAGGAGAUGAGGACUGAGAUUAGCAGUAACAAUGAGUCAGAUGGGCAAACAAGCGUACCUCCUGGUGACCCUUCCCUACCCAAUUCUAAGAAGAAGAUUCCUCCUUCCAUUCCACCAAGGAGGAGUUUGACUGAAAGACCUUCAGGAAAGACCUGCUGUGAUAAAUCUGGGCAAGCUCCAGGGCCAGGAGGAGAACAACAGACAGCCAAGCAGAGUGUUGGGAGGGCAAGUAGUGUGAAUAAUCUCCAGUGCUUUGAAGAUCCAGAGGUGUUUGAACCAGUUAUAGAUGAAACCCCCUCAGAAGAGCAAGAAGGAAGGCCCGGGGCUGAGCAUAAGAAAAAGCCAGUUGAGCUGCAGAGGAAACUGCCAGAGAAACCAAUGGGACCUCCAGUCCCACCCCCAAGAAAGAAGAGGCUUUCUCGACAGCCAUCAUCUGCCAGCUCUGUUCAUUCAAAGCAUGUCACCAUUGAAGAGACAGAAGUGCUCCAUUCACAGGAAAACAUGCACCCUGGGGGGAAAACCUGCUCCGACGCAAAAAAGGAAUCCAAUUCUGGCGUUAAACUUGUCAGCGCUACAGAUUGUGGAGGUUCUCAUGACUCACUGCAUUGCCCUGUAACAACGCCUGCUUCUGAACCUGAUUCUUAUUCGACCAGCAGCACUGAGGAUGAGCUGGAGUCAGUGACCAGCCCUUCGGUCAAGAAGACCCAUUCCAUGAUCUUAUGCAGGGCCAAGAGCCGGCUCUCUAUGGUCAGCCUAAGUCAUGUCUUCACAGCUUUCUUGUCUGCUGACAGAAAGCUCCAAAAAAAGAUUGUGGAGUUGGCCCAGGACAAGGAUUCAUACUUUGGCAACUUGGUGCAGGACUAUAAAGUAUACAGCCUGGAGAUGAUGGCCAAGCAGAACUCUAGCACUGAGAUGCUCCAGGAGAUCCGCUUAAUGAUGACACAACUCAAGAGCUACUUGAUCCAAAGCAUGGAGCUCAAAUCCUUUGUGGACCAGACUGUCCACACAGAUGAGCAACUAGAGGUGAUUAUCGAGGCAGCUUUGCACAAGUGUGUCUUGAAGCCUCUGAAAACAGCUAUUGAUACCUACUUAAGGGAAAUCCACAGCAAAGAUGGCUCUUUCAAGCUCCUGAAGGAAAACCAGCAAAUCAUACAAAGUACAACUACCACUGACCUGGGAGUCACAACUAGUGUGCCUGAAUCUGCAGUGCUGGAGAAAAUCCUGCACAAAUUCACAACCAUGCACAAGGCCUAUUCUCCAGAGAAAAAGAUUCGCAUCCUACUGAAGUCCUGCAAACUCAUCUAUGAUUCCAUGACUCAGGGAAACCCAGGGAAGCAUUAUGGAGCAGACGACUUCCUCCCGGUGCUCAUGUAUGUUCUGGCCCGAAGUGACCUGACCGAGGUGCUUCUGAACGUAGAGUAUAUGAUGGAGCUCAUGGACCCAGCUCUGCAGCUUGGGGAAGGUUCUUAUUAUUUGAUUACUACUUACGGUGCAGUAGAACUGAUCAAGAGCUAUGAUAAGCUCACAGUCACCCGACAGCUAAGCUCUGAGGUUCAGGAUUCUAUCCAUCGCUGGGAGAGACGGAGAACACUCAACAAAGCCAGAGCAUCCCGUUCGUCUGUUCAGGAUUUCAUUGCAGUUUCCUUUCUGGAAGUUGAUUCAGAAACAAGGACACUGGCCUAUCGGAUUGACUCAACAGCUCAUCAGCUGAGUCAGCAAUGCGCUGAGAAGUUCGAAGUCUCUGGGCCUCAGAACUAUGGGCUGUUCGUUCAGGUUGAUGACCAAAGCAUGCAGCUUGAUGAUGAUGCCCUUCCUCACCGCAUCAAAUCCCAUUUGUUGAACAAGGAGCCCAAGCCAACUUUCCAUUUUAUUUAUAAACAAAUGGGCAGCGAAGAGACACCGGUUCCUGUUAUUAAGGACCCAGACAUUUUAUAGUAACAAAACUGUUCUGCUGUAGCAGACUCAUUUCUGAGAGUUGUGAUGUUUCCGCUUUCAAAGCAUUUUUGAUCUUCACUGCUAGAAGAAGCUGUUAGAAAGACGGCUUCUCACUGAACUGUUCAUAGUGGGGACAGCAUUUGAAAUUCUUUCCCUGGCGUAUUUUCUUGACAAAUUUGAUUUGUCACUGUAAAGGGAAUGUUUCAAAUGAACUGCACUCUUAGGAAACUUGAGAAUUUAGAAUUUUAACUUGAGAGCAAAUGGUGUAGCCAAAGUUGGAAAAUCAGAUCCACAAUAUUGUCAGAGUUGGCCCAAGAUAUUUGGGGAUCUGUGGUGGAAAAUCCGAAUGGUUCUCCCAGAGGUAGUAUAUAAAUAGUAUAGUAAACUAAACUAUUUGGUGGUCUGCUUCACCUUUUCCAGUAGUAGGGUUGACUUUGAUUGCCAGGGAUAGCUCAAGGCAUUUGGCCGCCUGAGUCAGUGCAGGAAAUGGUGGCCUUCCACUCACCAAGGUGAAAGUGUAUAGGAACCAAGGCCAAUCAAGUUAUUUUGGCACAGGAGGCAGAAAACCCUGCAAGAAUGUCAUCUUUUAUAUUCUACUUUAUUUCUUUAUAAACAAUUCUACUUUCCUUCUUAAAGUAGAAAUAAAACAAGCAACUAAAUUCCUACAAAUUUCCUGCCCCAAAUCUGAUGUCUAAGGUAGUCAUCUCAUUUUCCCUAAUGGUAGGGCUGGCCCUACUGAACAUAUGAUGGAAAUAACAUAAGUGUAAGAUUUUGCAGUCUAAAUAGACAUUAAAAGAGAGACAGAACUGCCAGAGUCCCAUAUUUCCUUCCCAUUCUUCCUUAUAACAUUUAGUUGAACACAACCUGUGAUGUGAUAAGAGGGGAUUGCCCCACAUCAUUGGUUUUUGGUGGCAGACCAGUUUUCCAUACAGUAAUGAUGUGAUGUGUUGUGUUCACUGAGAGGUUAGUGGAAAGAGAUACGGAACUAUCACAUGCUUACAUUGCUGAUGAUACAAAUCAUAGCCAAGAGUCAGUGUUUCAAAUCUCCACCAAGGUCUCUUUGCAGAUAUCACACACAAGAUAACACAGGGAUGGAAAAUAUGUUCCCUUUCAGCAGAUGUUAAUGGACUGAAACUCCUGUCAUCAUUUUCCAGUUGCUAUAUGGUGAGGGCUGGUGCAGGCUGUGGGUAACAUUAGCCCUGUUUUAAGGGAAGACCAUUUUAUAGAUGGACUGUAUUGAGGUGGAGAGUCAGAGUUCAGUAGUAAAAGACUAGUUUGGCACAAAUACAAUCACGGUUUAAUCACAGAUAGUUAUGUGUUGUCAAGUCGGAACCGACAGCAACCCUCAUAGGGCUUUCAAAAUGUGUGAUAUAUUUAAAGAGUGGU